AUGCAGCCAACUGACCUUCUGACCUACAGCUCGCGACCGUCAACAGGCCGCUGUCUGGGUGGGUUCCCCGUCGCCUCGUCUACUGAAGAGUGGACGCAGACAUUUCCUGUACCUCCCAUCUGUUCAGAAGGAGACUCAAAUCGCCAACAUACUGCUCAUUUCCCCCGACACACGAGUACCGGCAAGGGCAGUGACGGUCGUAUCAGUGGUGCGCUCGAUAUCGAGUCGAAUGAUCAACGGGAGAACAGGAGACCUACUGGACUGCCCAGCGUGUCAUGUAUGGUGCGAUUGACAAAAGAGGAAGCAGCAAAUGCUGGCUUCUCUAAUCCCUACCGGGCCGACUAUAGACUGUAUCCGAACUUAGCCUCCUCAACCUCCAGCAGCAGCUUCUCGGACUGUAUAGGUGAUUCCUCCGUCCGACGGACCUGGGCACAGGCAUUUUCCGGCGCUGAGGAAUCUGCAACCUCUGGAUUUGAAACUACGGGCGGAAGGCAUUCCCCGUUUAGGUGGUCACCUGCUACCAAUGAAGGUCUGGUCUAUGACAACCAGGACCGACUUUCGUCCCUCUACAGUGAUUGCACAACCGACAACAAGGUCUCUUUCCCCGCUACCAAACGUAAUACCGAUGAUCAUUGGCCGCCUGACUCCGAGGUCAGGGAGGGUUGGGAUCAGCAACUGUUCUGUGCAAGACCCCCUACACAGGCACCUGACUGGGCGUCGACCUACCAGGUGUUGGAAAAAAGUUCUCGUCCACUGCCUCUAGUUGCUGGGACAGAGUCUUCAUUUACGACUGAACCUGUCUCGUGGCCACUUGAAGAGGGCUCUUGGUAUGUUUGUGUGCCCACGUUCGGUUUUUCAGAAAUGCUAACUACUUUCUCGGGCUCUGAGGUAGUCUUCAAGUGCCUCUACAUUAAUCGAGAAAUUCCUCGCCAACUAUCAGGACUUAGGCAGAGGGCCGUCCUUUUUCUUGGAUGCUACGACUAUUUCCGUCACGAUCACACUUGUCUUUUUUAAUGGUGAUCCAGAUUAUAAUUCUUGCCAGGUGAGGGCAAGGUUUAUAGUCUGUGAACGUAUUUCGCCCCCCUCCCCCUGUCAGGAUUAAAUUUCGGGAACCGUAGAAGGCCUUUUCGAGCUAGUGAGCGUUCGUAUGGCAGGGCUACAGUUAAUGCAUUAGUGCAGUGUAGGGUGUAAAAGUCAGCGUCGUAGCCAGGUGAACCAUCCUCCGAUUAUUUCCACCAAUCCUACCGUUUUCUCUCGUUUCCUUUGAUGUCUCCCCACGACUUCUUCUGUCCCGGUCUCAUUGCGGUGUGACUGUCGUUCUGGAGGGUGUAGGGUUUCUGGUCAUUACUGUGUACAAUCUGUCCACAGGCUGUUGUUCUUGUUUCUCACAAUUCCCCACUUACUCCGCAGGUAUCCUUCCCUGACGCUGGACGUAAACUCGAAGCAGGCCUCUGGUGCACUCCCCACCUCAGACAGUCAGGAGGACAAGUCUGGCACCCCUCUGAACCCAACCUUCGGCAACUUCAAAUCUGGUUUCGUCUUUCCCGACUUUCUAAGUCCCCCCAAUCAGCUCUCAACCCCUGUCUCGAUCGCAUCCUCUUCCUCCUCCUCCUCCUCAGCCUCCUCUGCGGCAAAUUAUCUCAAUGCAUCCCAGCAUCAGCAGCAUAAUGCCACAUCCGCCUUCAAUCCGCCCGCCUUCCAGAACUUCACUCACAACCCACCUGACGCCCAGUCUUAUAGGGUGUCUGCUCUCUUCGCUCGAGAAAACGGUGCACGUCUUCGGCCCUCCCCGACAACCACGCCGGUCAGGGAGAAUGUUGCUUACGUCGGCGGCGGCGGCAGCUCCUACUAUCCCGAAUUCCAACAGCCGACAGUAACGGCUGGGGAGGCCGGCGUCGUUGCCGUCGAAUCCCGGAGACGGGAGCCUGGCGCUGGCGACUACGCCAUGGGCUCCUUCGCGGUGCCCACGCUGGCUCCACCGGCCUCCUCUAACACAACCUACUUGCGCAGCGGGGCUUACGCACAGGGUGGCGAGAAGAUGAACCUUUCCUCCUCGGCAGAGGCUGAGGCUUGUCAGGGCUCGGUCAGUCUUGUGACCCGAGACUUGAUGCGUGCCUAUUUGGCCAAUCGUCGAGAUCAAGUCCUCAUUGUGCUUCAUGCCAAAGUUGCGCAAAAGUCCUAUGGGACGGAGAAGAGGUAA